AUGAGGGUCUCUCUGGAUUUGACAUUCGGACUCGCGCUUUUCUCCACCGCCAAUGCUUAUGUCAUUCCUUCUCGCGACGUUGGAACCGACUACAAGCUUCCUUCCCGGAGAAUCGGAGCGAUCAGGGGCAUUUCCUCAGCACCCCACACCACUGCUGUCCAGCGUGAUGCAGACGUCGGCCAUGGCGUCCACCCCCGCAAUCCUCAAGGCCUGAUGAUCGGAGGUCUUACUCUCGGUGGACCAGCACCCGCCGGAGGAGAAGCACCCGCCGGAGGAGAGGCUCCCGCUGGUGGAGAGAAGCCUGCUGGCGGCGAGGCUCCUGCUGGAGGUGAGGCACCCGCUGGCGGAGAAGCACCUGCUAAUGGAGAGAAGCCUGCUGGAGGAGAAUCAUCCAACACUGGCGAACAGUUCUCCGAAGAGUCUGGUAUCAGCCUUGACAAGUCUGGCGAAGCUGCCAAUCUCGGCGGAAACCUAGGCAUCACAAAGGGCUCUGAUGGUAGCAGCUCUGUUGGCGGCAAGAACGGUAUCAACAUUGGCGCUAGCGGAUACUAA